GACAUGCAGAUGAGGGGCGCCGGGGCCGCUGGGAAGGGGUUGAAGAGCGCGUGCGCGGCCCGCCUCCUCCCUCUUUUGGAUCCUCCGCCGCGCCGACAUGGGCCACCAGCAGCUGUACUGGUCUCACCCCAGGAAGUUCGGGCAGGGCUCCCGCUCCUGCCGGGUGUGCGCGAACCGCCACGGGCUGAUCCGGAAGUACGGCCUGAACAUGUGCCGCCAGUGCUUUCGGCAGUACGCCAAGGACAUCGGCUUCGUCAAGUUGGACUAAAUUACGAAUGGAGCAGAACUGCAGUGAGAAAAGGAACUUUCCAUACCAUGGCAUACUCAGCUGUGAUUAUUGGACAGAAGCAAAUUUUUUGUAAUGCUCCAAUUUUGUAAAUAAAAUUGACGUGUCAUUA